AUGGCAGACACCAUCACCAUCCUUGUCGCCACCGACAACCAUGUUGGCGCCCACGAACGAGACCCGAUCCGAGGUGAUGACUCCUGGAAGACGUUCCAUGAAAUCAUGUGCCUCGCCAAAGAGCGAGAUGUCGACAUGGUCCUCCUCGCCGGUGACCUCUUCCACGAGAACAAGCCCUCACGAAAGUCCAUGUACAAUGUCAUGCGAUCUCUGAGACUCAACUGUUUAGGUGACAAACCUUGUGAGCUCGAAAUGCUGUCUGACGAGUCAGAACAUUUCGACACCACCUUCGACCACGUUAACUACGAAGACGCCAAUAUCAACGUGGGGAUCCCGGUUUUCUCCAUUCACGGUAACCAUGAUGACCCUACGGGAGAAGGCCAUUACUCGGCCCUAGACCUACUUGCGGUUUCCGGACUGGUCAACUACUACGGGAAGACACCCCAGAGUGAUAACAUCGUGGUCAAGCCCGUUUUGAUACAGAAAGGACGCACAAAACUAGCGCUGUAUGGCCUCUCUAACGUACGGGAUGAGCGUCUUCAUCGAACGUUCAGGGACGGCAAGGUCAAAUUUCACCGGCCAAGCAAGCAGAUGGGCGACUGGUACAACGUGAUCUGCGUCCACCAAAAUCACACUGCACAUACAGAGACAUCCUAUCUGCCCGAGAACUUUCUGCCAGAUUUCCUGGACCUCGUGAUCUGGGGUCAUGAACACGAGUGUGACAUUGAACCCAGACUGAAUCCGGAAAUGAACUUCAGGGUCAUGCAACCGGGCUCAUCCGUCGCCACCUCUUUGAUCCCAGGCGAAGCUGUUCCCAAGAAGGUUGCAGUUCUGACCAUAACUGGUCGAGAAAUGACAUGCGAGCCAAUCCGGCUAAAGACCGUCCGUCCAUUCGUCUACAAAGACAUUGCCCUCGCCACCGACAAGGACGCCGUCAGAAUUGCGAAAUCCAAAGACGACCACCGUGCGGAGCUGACCCGGCAUAUGAUCAAGAUCGUGGACGGACUGAUUGAGCAAGCCAGGCAAGAAUGGUUGGAGGCACAAGAAGAGAGACAAUACCCGGACGAGGAACCGGAAGAAUGCCCCUUACCCUUGAUCAGACUGCGCGUUGAAACGACUUCGGCCGACGGCGUCGGCAAGUUUGACAUCGAGAACCCGCAGCGCUUUUCGAACCGGUUCAUCGACAAGGUCGCCAACACCAACGACGUGGUGCAAUUCCACGUCAAGAAGAAGAACGCAGUGGCCCGCGCGGCUCGAGAUGCCCAAGCAGACAAGGAGAUCAUGGCCAAACUCCAAAGCCUCGAAACCAUCAGGGUUGAUAAACUCGUCCGAGAGUUCCUCCAAGCCCAGUCCCUCACCAUCCUCCCACAGAAUUAUUUCGGCGACGCGGUCAACCAGUACGUGGAAAAGGACGACAAACACGCUAUGGAAUUGUUUGUGAACGAAUCCCUCGCCGAUCAGAUCAAGCACCUCGUGAGGCUGCAGACCGAUGCCAAUGACGCCGACGACAACGAUGAAGACCUGGCCAGCCAGAUCCAAGAGCAGCGUGCCAAGAUGGAGGAAAUGUUUGCAAAGGGCAUGCUCAAGGCCUCCAAAAGCAAAGUGAGGUUCAAACCCAAGCCGGCUGACUGGGACAGCGAUAUCGAAGGCCCAUGGGAGGAAACGCCCGGGGCUUUGCUGCGUGAUUCGGAAGAUUUGGAAAGUCGAAACGGGGAAGAGGAUGACGAUGAGGGCGACGGGACACCGGCUCCAAGACCAACGGCAGCAAGAGGGAGAGGGAGAGGACGGGGUGGCCGAGCCGGUGCCACAGCAGCAACCACCACCAGUCGCAAGACGGCCACCACUGCGAAGAAACCCGCCGCAAGGGCAACUACCUCCUCACGAGCGCGAAAACGCGCAAUUUCAGACGACGAAGACGAGGAAGAAGAGGACGGCGACAUCAUCAUGGACGAUGACGAGGAUGAAGAAGACGACUCUCAGGCCAUGUUCGUUCCCGAGAAGCGCAAGACCACCACUACCGCAAGUACGCGAGGGCGCAACACAACCACUCUAGCGGCAGCAGCCAGCACGACGACCCCGGCAACCCGAACCGGAGGAGCAAGAACGAAGCCUACGUCCUUCGCAUCAUCGACGCCGGCCACGACGACGACGACCAAAAAGACCCCUGCCCGCGCCGCUGCGUCGAAGCCGAAGCAAUCGACCCUCAGCUUCACCACGUCGCAGAAAAGCAUCCUGGGAAACGGGCGGAGCACAGGCGCGAGUCGGAGUCAGAGCUACGAGCAGAUUGAGGAUGAUGACGACGACGACGACGACGCGUUUGAGCCUGCUCCGCCGCCGACGACAACGAGGAGGAGACGAUGA